CUUCAAACCUCUGGAAAAAUCUAUUGUCUGGAUUAAAAAUGCUACUAAAAAGUUCCUCUGCCCUCAACCCAAAAUUGAAUGCACUUCCUUGCAUUUCAAGGACAAGUGCGAGCCAUUCUAAUCUGCACAAACUCUCCUCUUCUCCCAUGUUCAAAACAGCUUUCUCCCAUUUUCGUUUGACACUUCCUCACAUCAGAAAACCAAAAGAAAAUUGUUUCAAGAUUACAGAUACAUAUUAUGAAGAGAUGUUGGAGGCAAAUCCUGGCAGUCCGCUACUGCUCAGGAACUAUGCCAAAUUUUUGCACGAGGUGAAAGGGGACAUUGACAAGGCAGAGGAAUUCUAUGCAAGGGCUAUUCUGGCUGGUCCUGCAGAUGGAGAAGUGCUGUCACUUUAUGCCCAACUGAUAUGGGAAACAAAUAAAGAUGUAGACAGAGCCCAAACUUACUUUGAACAAGCAGUGCAGGCUGCCCCUCAUGACUGGUAACCAUUUGCCCACUUCCUUUUAUGAUCUUAAAUCUUGGUUUUCUUGGCUAAUUAAGCAAUGGGUUAUUGACAAUGGUCGAUAUUGGCAGCUAUGUAAUUGCCUCCUAUGCGAAUUUUCUAUGGAACUUGAAGGAGAGCGAUGGUUGAUGUAUGAGAGAGUCUCCCAACAAAUGCUGCCCCUUGUAAUUCUGAAAAACAUAAGAACGGUGAAUUUCAGUAAUCUCUUCCAU